GAGGCCCAGAACCCGUCUCUCCCGGAGACCACGCCUCUCAGUUCUCCCUCCCAAUCCCUUCCAUCCCGUUACUGCUUUCCCUGUCUCCUCGUCCUCGUCCUCCCCAUUACCCAAACCCUAACCCUAAUACCGGUCAUGGCGCUCACUACACGGGGCGGCGCCGCCGGCGGGGAUCCGGCGAAGGCGCCGUCCGCCUCCGACCCCAGUCUUGGCUUCCUUACCAAGCGCGACACCGAGGUCAAGCUGCCCCGCGCCACGCGGGUCAAGAACAAGACCCCCGCGCCUAUCCAGAUUACGGCCGAGCAGAUCCUCCGGGAGGCCAGGGAGCGGCAGGAGCCUGAGAUUCGCCCGCCCAAGCAGAAGAUCACAGACCCCCACGAGCUCUCCGAGUACCGCCUCCGCAAGCGGAAGGAGUUCGAGGACGUCAUCCGCCGCGUGCGGUGGAGCGUCUCGGCGUGGGUCAAGUACGCGCGGUGGGAGGAGCAGCAGCGAGACUUCGCGCGCGCGCGGUCCGUCUACGAGCGCGCGCUCGAUGUCGCCCACCGCGACCACACGCUCUGGCUCAAGUAUGCCGAAUUCGAGAUGCGGAACCGGUUUGUCAACCACGCCCGGAAUGUCUGGGACCGUGCGGUGUCGCUCCUGCCCCGGGUGGAUCAGCUCUGGUACAAGUACAUCCACAUGGAGGAGCUGCUUGGUGCAGUUGCCAAUGCGCGCCAGGUGUUUGAGCGCUGGAUGUCUUGGCGACCCGACACAGCUGGCUGGAAUUCUUACAUCAAGUUUGAGCUGCGGUAUGGAGAGGUCGAGCGUGCCAGGGCUAUCUAUGAGCGGUUUGUGGCUGAGCACCCACGGCCAGAUACCUUCAUCCGCUAUGCUAAGUUUGAGAUGAAGCGCGGUGAAGUAGAGCGGGCACGGCGGGUGUAUGAGCGUGCAGCAGACCUGCUUGCGGAUGAUGAGGAUGCAGAGGUGUUAUUUGUGGCAUUUGCAGAGUUUGAAGAGAGGUGCCGUGAGGUUGAGCGUGCACGUGCAAUAUACAAGUAUGCUCUGGACAGGGUCCCUAAGGGUCGUGCUGAGGAACUGUAUAGGAAGUUUCUGGCAUUUGAGAAGCAAUUUGGUGACCGUGAGGGAAUUGAGGAUGCCAUUGUGGGCAAGAGAAGAUUUCAGUACGAGGAUGAGGUUAGGAAGAACCCACUAAACUACGAUUCAUGGUUUGAUUAUAUCAGGCUGGAGGAGAGUGUUGGGAAUAAGGACAGAAUCAGGGAGGUGUACGAGAGGGCCAUUGCCAAUGUGCCCCCCGCAGAGGAGAAGCGAUAUUGGCAGAGGUAUAUAUACCUCUGGAUUAAUUAUGCACUUUAUGAGGAGCUAGAUGCACAAGACAUAGAACGGACCAGGGAGGUUUACAAGGAAUGCCUGAGGUUGAUUCCUCACAAGAAAUUCACGUUUGCAAAGAUGUGGCUCAUGGCGGCCCAGUUUGAGAUAAGGCAGUUAAAUCUGAAUGCUGCAAGAAAAAUUCUUGGGAAUGCAAUUGGAAUGGCCCCAAAGGGCAAGAUAUUCAAGAAAUAUAUUGAAAUCGAGCUUUAUCUGGGCAACUUUGACCGCUGUAGGACUCUUUAUGAGAAAUAUAUUGAAUGGUCUCCAGCAAACUGUUAUGCAUGGAGGAAGUAUGCCGAAUUGGAGAAGAACCUUAGUGAGACUGAUCGUGCUCGAUCAAUAUAUGAACUUGCUAUUGUGCAGCCAGCCCUUGAUACACCAGAGGUUCUGUGGAAGGAGUACUUGCAGUUUGAAAUCGAUGAAAAUGAAUUUGAGAGGACAAGGCAACUAUAUGAAAGACUGCUUGAUAGGACAAAGCAUUUGAAGGUAUGGAUCAGUUAUGCUGAGUUUGAGGCCUCUGCUGGCUUGGGCGGUGAAGACAGUGAAAGUGAGGAGAAAAAGAAUGAAGUUGAUUAUCAAGAACAGCAGAUCGAGCGGGUCCAAAAAUGUAGAGCUAUCUUUGAAAGGGCAUUCGACUACUUCAGAACCAGUGCCCCAGAGUUGAAGGAGGAAAGAGCUAUGCUUCUUGAAGAAUGGCUUAAUAAGGAAGUGAGCUUUGGUGAUCUCGGGGAUGUCAGCUUAGUGCAAAAGAAGGCGCCCAGAAAAGUCAAGCGGAAGAGACCAAUCCCUACAGAAGAUGGGUCCACUAUAGCGUAUGAGGAGUAUAUAGAUUACAUUUUCCCUGAUGAAGUUGCUCUAGCACCAAACCUGAAGAUCCUUGAAGCUGCUUACAAAUGGAAGAAGCAGAAAACUGGUGAUGAUGAUGAGUGAUCCUGGCAUCUCUGUAUGACAUUGUCGUGAACGUUCUGCCACUGCCAAAAUCAGAUGUCUUGCAACGUUGUGGCUAGAGCUAUCGGAAUUUGAAUAAUCAAUUUCUACAUGUCAGAGGAUGCUGUUGCUGUUGAAAAGAAUCGUGAGAAAUUACUUUUAAUCUGAAACAGCAUGGUAAUUCCUUCCUUGCAUGUGCUUUCACUAUUGCUUUCGUUAAAAUACCCAUCUCCUUCUCGGUUAGUGGCAAUGUUGUACAUUUUGUAAACUCACAAGUAGUGGAUCUCAUGUUGUGAACCAAGACAAUAUGGAUACCCAUCUUCUCAAUUGAGAAUACAUGAUAGGCUGCAGAUUGCAGUUUUGCUGAUGCAGAACAUUAAGGCCUUGUUUGUUUGGCCGGGAAUGGCCAGGUUCAGGGCCCAACCCCCGUGGGUCGGCCUAGUGUGGAAACAUUCCUGGCCUGUAGAGAAAGAUGUGUUUGUGGUGUUGUGCCCUGGCCUAUCCUGGCGAUUCCUCUUCACCCCGGCCCUGGAACUGACCCUCCAGUCCUACUGCUUGGAACGAAUCCCCAAGUGGUAGACGAAGCAAUGGUAUGGGGCGUGUGGCGGCGCUGCUGCAGAUCCACGACGGCGACUCGGUGCUCUACUCCAGUGUCUAUCUUCUCCAGCCGUCUUCUCGCCGAUAUUAAGGGUCAUUUCUGAUACUUGACUGAAACUCUGGAAGCACAAAGCAUGUUGCGCAUGCUCAUGGGAAUUAUAUGCAGCAAGUGGUAGCUAAGACCAAAAAUUCAAUGGUUCCUUACGCCUGUUCAUGUUUCUUUUGUUCUAUUGGGUCUACCACAACAGAAAGGAGGAAAUAAUACUUGCAGUAAAGGACACUUAGUACUGCCCUUCUCUCUCCUUUGUUCUGAUAGAGACGUGAAACAUUACAUGUUUUGCUCUUGAUUCAGUCAGAGUAGCAUAUACUAAAUUUUAUAUCUUUUGAGGGAGAGGAGCUUGAUAAGAAUCUCUAGUCUUCAAAGGAAGAAGGGCUUGAAGGGCAAGUUGUUGCAGCUUAGAGAAUUCUCUUGGCCAAAGAGCGGCGUAUCACAUCACUUACUCUUGUUUUUGUUAGUCAUCAAAUAUAUUGUCGUGUUAGCAGACCUGAGCGCAUAUUUCUAGAAGUGAACAAGUCUAGCUUCCAAGAACUGAUAAUUUUCGCCUGACAUGGCUGUACUUCUGUAUAGAAACGUAAAAGCAUCAAAGCCCAGGGCAACUAGGGCUGAGCAGCAAUCCCUGUAUUAUUUCCCUCUCAACCGAACACAACAAAAGAGGGUUUAGGAGAAGCAAGGGAUUUAAUCCCCAAGGGCCUAUAUUUUUUCCCAACUGAAUACAACAAAAGAAGAGGGUUUAGUAGAAGCAAGGGAUAAUCUCAAAUGGGUUUGGGUGCCAUCUGUAGGAUCUCAUGACCCUGUUCUAAUACAAAUCCGACUUUUGUUUGGAUAAAAAUCAUCGACUGUGUUAUAGUCAGAACUGAAACAGCUUAUUUCCAGCAUCAGAAACUCUGAACACCAAUUGUAUCCCAUAUCUCCUUGUCUAGUUAAUUAAGUAUGUGUACA